UAGGGUUUCCGUCUGCAUCUUCCUGUGUUGUGUAUUGUGGGAGCUGCUGUGUGUAUUUACCUGCAUCCUCUGUUGCUCCUUCGUUGCACACCUCACAGAACAGCAUGGCCGACAAGGCGGUGACUAUCCGAACUAGAAAGUUCAUGACAAACAGGCUUCUUUCCAGAAAGCAGUUCAUCAUUGAUGUCCUUCAUCCAGGGAGGGCAAAUGUUUCCAAGGCUGAGCUUAAAGAGAAGCUUGCAAGAAUUUAUGAAGUGAAGGACCCUAAUACUGUAUUUGUCUUCAAAUUCCGUACGCAUUUUGGAGGUGGCAAAUCCACUGGUUUUGGUUUGAUUUAUGAUUCAGUUGAGAAUGCAAAGAAGUAUGAGCCCAAGUACAGGCUUAUCAGGAAUGGUCUUGACACUAAGGUAGAAAAGUCAAGGAAGCAAAUGAAGGAGAGAAAGAAUAGGGCUAAGAAGAUCCGUGGAGUAAAGAAGACGAAGGCUUCUGAUGCUGCCAAGGCUGGAAAAAAGAAAUGAGUUUUGGGACAUCUUGUUUUGCUUUCAAGCUUAUUUUGCUUUUGGUGUUUUCUAAUAUCUAUUUUAUCUUUGUUAGGUCUAUAGAAUGAGAUAUUUUGUUGUAAGUGUUGAUCCAUGUUUUAUCUUGUUCGGUGAUAACUUCAUACUUUCGACUCGAGUACUGCCAUUGAACAA